AUGGAUACUCUUCCCGCUGAACUGCUCCGGCUCAUCUUCGACAACUGCGACCCACCAUCGGUACGAGCCCUCCGUCUUACCUCCGGCCGGCUAGCCGACGUAGGAUACGACUACCUGCUCCCACCAUCCUUCCGGGCCGUGGAAUGGAAGGACGACGUCCAACGGUUACAUUCGAUCGCCCACCAUGACCGGCUCAACCGCUCCAUCAACUCCAUCACCUUCAACUUCUCCAAAGUCGACGAGUACAGCGCCCGCCACGCCUCCUUCUUCCAGCACUGGCUGCAAGAGCCCGAAGAGCGGUCCAUCCUCCUCCAAGAUGCCUGGAUCAAGUACUACGAGCUCGAGGGCAAAUCCCGCGACCUCCCACCGUUCCACACCCGCUCCGCCAUGGUCGAGGAGUCCUUCAAGCGUCUGCCUAACCUCAAGGACCUCGAGAUCACAUACACCAAGUGCCCCUACGACAUCGAAGUCUUCAAGGACGUCUUCCUGGUGCGCAACUGCCGUAAGCGCGACCCGACCUUCCGCGCGCAGACGUGCAAGAACAUGAACGCCAUAAUCUCCGCCGUCCGGCACGUCUCCCUCAACAGUCUAACCAUCGACCAACUCCCGCUCGAAAUCUUCCGCCUCCCCGACGACCGCCGCCACUGGUUCGACUGCUGCGCCUCCUCCUUCUCCUCCCUUUCCAAGCUGGACCUGACCAUCGACCCGCCAGCGAACUUGAUGCCCCAGUCCCGCUUCAAAGCCAUCAACGGCCUCGGCCAUGUCCUCCAGCUCUCCCCCAACUUGACCCACCUCAGCUUAUCCUUCCACACUUACCACGCCCCAAUGCAAAAAUUCGGCUUUUCGUUUAGAGCCCUCCUUCAGGAUUUCACCUUUACGAAACUCACCUCCCUCAAACUCGAAGGCGUCUCCUGCUCCGAAGAAGAUCUGCGCUCCUUUUUGCUGCGCCACGCCAAGACCCUCGAACGUCUGCGCCUGGGAGGCCGCGGGCUGGCUAAGCCUUAUGAACUUUCCAUCGGGGGCGUGCAUCUCCACGAGGGGUCUUUCCGCAGUUUGUUCACUUCCCUGCAGGGCAAACUACCAAAGUUGCAACGCCUUCACCUUGAGGGAGACCUCGAAGCAGGCGAUAUUAGGACGGGAGCAAGGGAGAGGGAGACGUUCAAGUUCCACGCUAGCGUGGAUGAGGAUUGGGAGGACAUGAAUGGUGCAGACGAUUUCGGGAGGAGGAGGGUCGUGCAAGCGGGGAAGACGAUGGAUUCGUCGGCGCUGGAGAGGUAUCUGAUUCAUGGCGGGCCGUUUCCGAAGCUGGUGGUGCCUGGCGCGGCGUCGGCGGCUAGCUCAGAGGGCAGCCCGAGCCCGGAACUUGGCCCCGUGAGCGGCGGUCCGGGGAUGGCUGCGACGCCGGCGACUGCUAUUGCUGUUUGA